CUUCAGUCAGUGUCAACCGCCUGCAACUAUAGAAAGUAACAAAAAUAUUUUCAAAUGUACGCAUUCUGCUGCAUCUUGACGAUAAUACCUCAUAUCCUACCGGCAUUUUCAAAUACCACGAACAUCAGUACAUCUACGAGUGCGGAGAAACCAAAGUCGGAGCAUCGCAUCGAAAACCAGAUUACUGUCGCCGCAAGGGACGUAGCAUACUAUCUGCGGGCUUACAAAUUCAACGAAUACGACAGGAGAUACGUCACAGAUCCAGGCAAAGGGAUAAGAGAGUAUUAUAAGAAGUUUCCCAAACCUCCAUUAAGAAGCUUGCACUGGGAAGUUGCUAGAUACUGUGAAGUGUCUUUCCACGAAUGCAUUGACUAUCUUGGGAAGAAGGUGAAGCACACUGGUUCAAAGAGAAGCGAUGAUACAUGUGUUGUUAUUGAUGAAAACAACUGGAGGACAGAAAACCAUUCAGUUCAAAUCAACACAGUGGACGAAGAGUGUAAGAGGAUGAGGAAGGUCGAUGAUAUGGUGGCAGAUCCUUUUGAAGGUCCAUUAGAGCGGUUCCAGUGGCGUACCACUGCCAGUUACUACAUGUGCAUGUACACGAUGCUACAAACAAAGGAGCUACGUCAACUACAUGACGAAACAUGCGACAACUACGCAAACUGUCUAGAAGGAUGUGAUAACAACGAUCCUAGAGCGGAUGACACCAAACCCUUUGCGUGUGCACUCUACAGUUUUUGCCCCGAUCCCUGCUGUUCCAACAAACACCUCAACAGUCCCGAAGAAUGUUGGAACAAUCCAGACAAUCCGUGUUCCAGGGAGAACGAACCAGAUAAUAUGGACAGAAAAACAAAAAUUAUGUUGAAUGCACUCAAUAUAAAGGACAGGAGUUGCAUUGAUUUCCUGAAAGUUCCUAAAUAUGAACGACUUGGAACCACCCAGAACGAACAAGAUUUGUGCAUUCAAAGAUCCCAAGAACUAUUUGGGAACGUAACAAGUCAAACAAGAACACCUGCUAUAAAAAUUCAAUACUCCAGCAUAUCCUCCACCGAAAAGGUUGAUAUAGUUCUAAACAGAUGGAAUGUGUCCUGUAGAUGCCCAAAAUCUGGAAUGGAAUGGAGUUCCAUGUAUGGAACGUGUGUGGAUAUUGACGAAUGCGCUAUACGUGGUAAACAUAACUGUGACCGAAGGGUAGAAUCAUGUGUGAACCUGCCAGGAAGUUUCAGGUUCCCAGGAAUCAUAGGAAUCCAUGGUACGAUAACGUUGAAGAAUUUAGAAAAUAACCUAGGUUUUCUUGUAUUUUCAGUUAAUGCCUUUUAG